GUACCUGGGGACCCCCCCCAUGACAACACUGCCUGUCCCCUCACACCAGGCCUCGACUCUGUGGCCACCGCCAGGAUCUUCUACAAGCUGAUGCGGCGCCUGGGCUUCCAGAGCUUCUACAUUCAAGGGGGGGACUGGGGGUCCCUGAUCUGCACCAACAUGGCCCAGCUAGCGCCCAGCCACGUGAAGGGCCUGCACUUGAACAUGGCUUUGAUCUUGAGAAACUUCCAAACCCUGUCGCUGCUCCUGGGACCGCGCUUCGGGAGAUUCCUGGGCUUCACGGACAGGGACAUGGAGCUGCUGUUUCCGGUCAAGGAGAAGGUGUUCUACAACAUCAUGAGGGAGAGCGGGUACCUGCACAUCCAGGCCACCAAGCCGGACACCGUGGGGGUCACUACUGACCUGUCUGGUGGUGGAGGCCGGGGGUCACUACUGACCUGUCUGGUGGUGGAGGCCGGGGGUCACUACUGA